AUGAGGAAUACGGUGAGGGAUGACGAGAUUAAGGCUAAGUUGUCCGAGGGGGAUAGGAAGAAGAUAGAGAAGGCAGUGGAGGAAGCCAUUACGUGGCUGGAUGGGAAUAAACUGGCAGAGGUGGACGAGUUCGAGUGCAAGCUAAAGGAAUUGGAGGAGGUCUGCAACCCGAUCGUAGAUAGGAUUUAUCAGGAGGAUGGUGAAGCCGCGUCUGGGGCCAGGAUGAAUGGUGGCGGACAUGGAAGCACUGGUGGCUCUACUGGAACAGGGGCUGGGCCCAAGAUAGAGGAGGUGGAUUGA